GUCCAUCUGAAUACAGCACGGUGAGCCAAGGUGAGCUACUGACGCAGGUAAGACCGCAGGAGGUAACCACAAAAAGAAGAUGUCCGACAGAGCCCUGGAGAUGGAGGAGUGUGUGACACAAACGGGACCGAAGGGAGUGAUCAACGACUGGAGAAGGUUUAAGCUGGAGAGCAUGGACCAGGAGAGCCUGCCGCCCGCCAAGAGGGAACUCCUCCGACAGAUGUCAUCUCCACAGAAGCCUCACGACAAAUCAAAUGUCAACCGCAAGAUGAGCAUCCAGGAGUACGAGUUGCUGAAGGAGGAGGACGAAGCCAGUCUGAAGAAGUACCGAAAGCAGUGCAUGCAGGAGAUGCACGAGAAGCUCAGCUUCGGGCCCAAGUUUGAAGGCGUGCACGAGUUGGACAGUGGUGAGGCUUUCCUGGAGGUCAUCGAGAAGGAGCACCAUUCCACGGUGGUGGUGGUCCACAUUUACAAGGCGGGGGUCAAAGGGUGCGAGGAGCUGAACGGAUGCCUUGACUGCCUGGUCACCGAGUACCCCACCGUCAAGUUCUGCAGGAUCGACGCGGUGGCCUCGGGCGCUGGGGAGCGGUUCUCCGACGACGUUCUGCCCACGCUGCUGGUGUACAAGGCCGGAGAGCUGCUGGGGAACUUCCUGGCCUGCUGCAAGCACCUCAACGAGGAGUUCUUUGCCACCGACGUGGAGGCUUUCCUCAACGGCUACGGCCUGCUGCCAGAGAAGGAGAUGCCUGGGUUGGAUAGUGAGGACAACGAUGUGGAGUGAGGAGGACUGUGUGAGGGUUAGGGGUCGGGACAGUUUGUUUAAGGGUGAAUAGAAAAGGCGAUACGUUCACUGUAGCUUAACGGUGUUCAAGAGUGUAUUUGAAUGCAAAUUGGUUUGCAGCCAUAUUGUGAAGCAAUGUAAAUAUCAGUGGUAAAAGAGGACUGAAGGGAAUUGGCUAAAUGUAGCGGCAUAUUAUGGACCACAUUUAGUUGUUUGCUCAAAUGCAAAUCACAACCAAUUCAAGUAAAAAACUAAACACAUUUUAUUUUUCUAAUUAUAUAUUUAUGUUAAAUAGCUGUUAACUACUGUUUUUAAUUUUGAUUUGAAUAUAAACUCUGUCUUACACAUUAAGUAUGCAAGACAUCAUCAGCAGAAAUGAAUUAAAACUGAAAGUUUAAAGAAGUAAGUGCUGCCGCUGCGUCAGCUCGCUGCUACUCAUCAGUGUCUAAACCAGCCGCUGCAACCGUCAUCUGAAGAAGAGCUCCCAUUGGUCCAGGACAUUUAUAAAUACUGUCAUCAUGCUUCCUGUGUAUACUAGUGUGGAGGUGGAUGAGGCUCUCUGUACGACAGCACUUGGUUAGGAAACACUGUUGUUGUGGGAACCACUGUAAUGGAUCAUAGCGAUGGUCACUCUCUUUUUUAUGAGGAAUAUGCGAUGAACGUACAAUUCUACACUGUAAUGGAAUUCUAAUUGAAAUACUAAAGCUGUU